CUUAACCGUUUUAUUUCAAGAAUUGUCAGCUCUAAGUGCGGACGCGGACGCGCAAGAAAAUAAAUUUUAAUGCCGCUCAACGUGAAAGCCAAACAAAUUAAUUGAAAUUAAAAAUUAUAAUUAGAAACCGAAUUGAAGGCCAGCGGUGUUGGUGGCACACAUUGAGUGAGAGUGAUGGAACGUACGGUCUGUGUCGUGUGAUGGUGAGAGACGGGGCAGUGGAAGAGGAGCAAAUUGGCGACCGUGGAAAUUUCGAUUUUUGUCCGCUGCCGUGCGCGAAUAUGUGGAUAAAAUUAAUAAUAACAUAAAUCUCUAGUGUGUCAAUUCUAAAUUGCUAUAUUUUCUGGCAUUUUAUUUUUUUUGGUUUAUAUCAUUUUUUUUUUUUUAUUGUUGAAUGUUGUUUAUUUUGUGCCUCCUACGCGCUCUUUCCAUUCACAAAUGUGCGUGUGUGUGUGUAUGAGAGUAUGUGCUUGUGUAUGUUUAGCGUCAGUGACGUAAACAAAUGCAAAGGCAAAACGGCCAAAAGAGAGCAAACGAAUAGCAAUCCAAAUAAAAUAGGCAAAAAAAUGUUGAAAAUGCAGCAGCUACAACGAAAACAACAAGUAUUAAGCAUGUCGAUUGCCGAUUCUCGUGCCGUUAUCACCAAGAACACAAUAACAAAUUGACAUAAUAUUUUUUCUCUCAGUUAUUUUACCCUCUCUGUUUUGCGCGUUCGUUCGUUCGUUUGUUGGUGGUGUAAAUGCUAUUAUUAUUGUUGUUGUUGCACAUUCGGCCACACAGCUGAGCCAAACUGCAUCUGUAUUAGUAUUGGAGUGUCUACUGGAGAGUGCUGUGCGUAUAAGCGUGUGUUUGUUUGUGUGUGUCUGAGCGCAACACGUUUGUGUUUGUGCGUAAGGGCGAGUGAAAUAGAAAAAGAGACACCAAAGCGAGAGUGACAGAGAGCGAAGAGAGAGUCGGUGUGCUUCAUUGAUGCGACAGAUAAGAACCCGGCCACGACGACAGCGGUCGAGUUGUCAAUAACGGGAGCAGUCAGCAGUACAUAGAAGCAAGAGAAGCCACAGUCAAUGCCUGAUAGUGCGACGAAACGAGGGUUGCCGCAAUCAAUUUCCAAUUACGCAAACAUCAAUAAUGGAAUUAUUUAAAGAGAAUUUUCAAUUGAAAUCCCAGCACCGAAGAAAUGAAGCAACAACAGAAUCUGUUAUAUAUAGAAGAGAAGGGUAUACAGAUUUCAAUUAUCAUAAUAAUGGCAAAACAAAAUGAAUAUUUCAAUAUUUGGAAACAUAUCAAAUGGCGAAUUGAAAAGUGAAUGAGAACCAAGGAAAACAAAGCAAAACAAACAUUACUCUAAAAGCAAGAGAAGGAGAGAAAACAAAAGAACAAGUGCCAUAGUGAGAGAAUUGAUUAAAACGCGUGUGUUAUUUGUUAGAACAAUUUAUUUGGAUUUUGAGUUUUUUUUUUUUUUUUUUGGACAUUCGUUUAUCAUUGUUUUGUUUGAAGAAGACAUAUCCUGCAGUUUUUAAAUAGAUAUAAAACCACCGACAAAUUUCAAAUAACAACGCAAUAUGACAAUAUCAUUGGCAGCAACAGCAGCGGCUAACAAUGCAAAUCGAUAUGAAAAACUCAUUAGGCAACCAAAUAUGGCAACCGUGACAAGUGGAACCGGAACCCAAACGAAUAUGGAAGCUGAAGCAGCAAUAGCAACAACACGAACAACAACGGAAACAACAACAGGAACAGCAACGGCAACAACGAAUUCAUAUGACAAUUGUCAUUCGAACCAUAUUCAACAUCAUCAUCUCCAACAACAUGGUCAGACGACCACCUUCACAGAUCGCACAAUUCUAUUGCCAGCCAUGCUCCAUGGCGGCAACGGCGACAGCCUUAGCAACAGCACCAACAUCGUCACGUACAAGGCUAAAGCCAAUGGCAGCUGCUCUUCGUUGUCUACCUCAUCGUCAUCGCCAUCAUCGCCAGCGUCCUUUGCCUCCUGCUCGAGCACCUCGUCGUCAUCCCCAAUCGCCUCUGGUAGCAGCAGUCAUCUAGUUGGCGGUGCCGUAGGAGGAGGUGGUUUACCAGGCGGUUGGUUCUGCCAUUGUUGUAAUUUAAUUGCACGUCGCUGUUUUGGCAUCAAUGUGCGUCGCUGUGUCCUGGCCCUGUUUGCCAUUACCGUGGUUAGCAUUUUCUACUACACCCAUUAUGUCGAUACGGGCGUAUUUGUUGGACUCAUUCAACGUGAUACUCAUCCAGCUCCCAUAAUUAAUUGCCGCUUGAUAAAUUCUGCCGGCAACCAUAUAAGACGAGAAGCCUCACCUGCUCCAGAUCAUCGCUCCGAAGCCCGUUUAAGGAUCGAUCCCAAAGUUUUGGUAUUUGUGGAGACCACAUAUUCUGGAUUGGGACGGGAUAUAGCCGAGCUUUUAGUCUACAAUCGCAUUAAAUACAAAAUCGAAGUGGCUGGCAAAAGUCUUCCUGUUCUCACUAAUCUGGACAAGGGUCGUUAUGGUGUUAUUGUAUUUGAGAAUCUGGACAAAUAUCUGAAUAUGGAUAAAUGGAAUCGGGAACUAUUGGAUAAAUAUUGCCGUGAAUAUUCUGUGGGAAUUGUGGGCUUUGUGAGUCCCAGUGAAGAGACUCUAGUUGGCGCCCAGUUGCGUGAUUUUCCCCUAUAUGUGAAUACAAAUUUGAGAUUACGUGAUGCUAGUCUAAAUCCAGAAUCUUCGGUAUUGAGACUAACACGAGCCGGCGAAACGGCUUGGGGUGUCUUGCCUGGCGAUGAUUGGGCAGUCUUCCAGCAUAAUCACACCACUUAUGAGCCAGUAGAAUGGGCUCAAAGAAAUACUCAAGAAUAUCCUGCGGAUAUGGAUGUGGGCGGCCAAGUUCAAUUGCCGUUAAGCACAGUGGUUCAAGAUCGCGGCCAUUUCGAUGGCAUACAACGAGUCCUCUUUGGCAGCAGUCUACGAUUCUGGCUGCAUCGUCUACUCUUCUUGGAUGCCCUCAGCUAUCUCUCGCAUGGUCACUUAAGUUUGAAUCUGGAGCGAAUGAUCUUGGUAGACAUUGAUGACAUAUUCGUUGGAGAAAAGGGCACACGACUACGACCUGAUGAUGUGCGUGCUCUGAUCGCUACACAAAAGAAUAUUGGAGCCAUGGUGCCGGGGUUUCGCUUUAAUUUGGGCUUCUCUGGUAAAUAUUAUCACCAUGGAACCAGGGAGGAAAACCUUGGCGACGAUUUUCUCCUACAAAAUGUUGAGGAAUUUAAUUGGUUCUCCCACAUGUGGAAGCACCAGCAGCCACAUUUGUAUGAUAACCUCACCCUGCUGAUGGCCGAAAUGCAAAUGAACCAUGCGUUCGCAAAGGAGCACAAUAUUCCCACCGAUUCGGGUUAUUCGAUAUCCCCGCAUCACUCUGGUGUCUAUCCAGCCCACGAGCUGCUCUAUAUGGCAUGGAAGAAAGUGUGGCAGGUCAAGGUUACCUCCACUGAGGAGUAUCCCCAUCUAAGACCUGCUCGCUUGCGUCGCGGAUUCAUUCAUCGGAACAUUAUGGUGCUGCCAAGACAAACGUGUGGCCUCUUUACCCACACCAUGUACAUAGACCGUUAUCCUGGGGGCAGAGAUAAGCUAGAUGAGUCCAUACAGGGCGGCGAAUUGUUCCAAACCAUUGUGUACAAUCCGAUCAAUAUAUUUAUGACUCACAUGUCGAAUUAUGGUUCCGAUCGGUUGGCCCUGUACACAUUCCAAUCGGUGAUCAAGUUCCUACAAUGCUGGACCAACCUUAAACUGGCUUCAGCUCCACCCAUACAAUUGGCAGAAAUGUAUUUUCAGCUUCAUCCCGAGGAAGUAGAUCCCGUUUGGGGCAAUCCCUGUGAUGAUGCCAGACACAAGAAAAUCUGGUCAAAGACCAAAAACUGUGAGUCUCUGCCCAAGUUUCUAGUGAUAGGACCACAAAAAACAGGCACCACUGCUCUUUACACAUUCCUUGCCAUGCAUGGCAGCAUUGCCAGCAAUAUUCCCAGUCCGGAUACCUUCGAAGAGGUGCAGUUCUUCAACGGCAACAACUACUAUAGGGGCUUGGAUUGGUACAUGGACUUCUUUCCAUCGGAAUCAUUGCCAAAUCUAACAUCGAUAAGCAGUAGCAGUAGCUCCAUGCCACCAACUGCUACGCAAUCAUCGUCCCGCUACAUGUUUGAGAAGAGUGCCACCUAUUUCGAUGGCGAAGCGGUGCCAAAGAGGGCACAUACCCUUCUUCCACAUGCCAAAAUUGUCACGAUACUGAUAUCGCCAGCGAAGCGAGCUUAUUCCUGGUAUCAACAUCAAAAAGCUCACGGCGAUGUGAUAGCCAACAACUAUAGUUUCUAUCAGGUAAUCACAGCAAGUGAUUCCGCACCAAAAGCACUCAAGGAUUUACGCAAUCGUUGCCUAAAUCCAGGCAAAUAUGCCCAACACUUGGAGCACUGGCUGGCCUACUAUCCCGCCCAGCAAAUGCAUAUCAUUGAUGGCGAACAGUUGCGCCUGAAUCCCAUCGAUGUGAUGAACGAGUUGCAGCGUUUUCUAAAAAUCCAACCGCUGCUCGAUUAUUCAAAUCAUCUCCGCUACGAUGUGAAGAAGGGCUUCUACUGUCAGGCUGUCAGCGAGAAGCGAACAAAAUGCCUGGGCAAGUCCAAGGGGCGACAAUACCCAACGAUGGAUGAACGUAGUGCCAAAUUGUUGCAGCGGUAUUUUUUGAAUCACAACACGGCGCUGGUGAAACUGCUCAAAAAGCUCGGAUCGCGCCCCAUACCCCAAUGGCUCAAGGAUGAUUUGUCGACGGGUACGUGAUAGCAGCUAUUUGGCAUCAGAGGUGUGUCGGCUAGUGGAGCUGGACAAGAUAGAGGAGGCAACCUCAUCACCAUAGAUGAUGACGAAGAUGCCGAAAAUGGUGCCGUACAAGGAAAAAGAGUUGGAGUUGGACACGGUGGUAGCAACAAAUAUCGCAAAUUGCGGGCAAAACUCAGGAAACAAUUGUAUUGGCUGCAUCAGGAGCAGAUGCAGGCGCAGGGGCAGGACAGGAGGACCAUCUUACUUAACAGAGGAGACAGCAGCAAUAGCAGCAGUCACAGCAACAGAAGUUGGCAGAGUCGGCGACAUCACAACAACUGACAGGAUGAGGACGAAAGGAGGGAGAAGACAGAAAUUGCACGCAGCGAAAAAUAUACAUAUAUGUACAGCAUAGCGUAUCUAGUAGCCAAGAGGGGGAAUGAAAUGGGUGGCGAGGGGAGUCGAGGAGAAUAAGAGAGAGAAAUAACAUAAUUAGUUGCUUUUAACAUGCAUAAAUAUUUUUGUUUGCAGCUAAUUAAUGUCACUGCAGUUGUCAGUUGAAAUGUUGUACAGUUAUCUAGCUUAAAUGUGUGCAUGUCUGUCUCUUCGUAUGCUUGUGUGUGUGUGUGUGUGUGUGUGCAUGUGAUGUAAUUAUAUCUGUGUGCGUGUGAGUGUGCGUGUGUGUGUGUAUGCAUGUGAAAGGAUAGAGUCAGCUCGCAUUAUAAAUUCGCAUAAUAAUAAUUACCAUGAAUGGGCCAUCAUCAUGAAUAUAUUGCAUAAGAGCGUUUUGUUAAUUAUUUAAAUGUUUAUUAGUUGAUAAUUGAUGAAAAAAAAACAAAAGUUUAGCAUCUACAUAUUUAAGUCUGUCGCCCAUUUCUCAAUGACUUUUUUCCUGUCACAGUUCCGUUUCGUUCCGAACUGUUAUGCACCGUUCCGUUGCGUUCCGUUCCCUCUGGGUCGAUUCAAUUCCGUUCAGUCAGUGUUAGAUGCUACGUGUACAAUAGAUAAGGCUGCUACUAUACUACAUAUUAAAUUUAAAACCUAAACUCGAUAUUCCCUAAGGAUGUAUUAUAAAUAUUUUUAGCUUUUAACCUGAAACCUUAACGAAUUACCAUUAUACAAUUAGAAUUAUAAUUAGAAUUAGAACGCAAACAAACAAAACAGGCCGAAAAGUAAAACUCUAAUAAAGAAACAAAAGAAACUUA